UUCUUCCAUUUCUUUUUCGUCAAUCCAUUGCUGGAAUCACUUCUCAGUCUAUUUGUUUUCUCGAGAGAAUCCGCGGAUUCGACAUGUCGGUGAUUGAUGUUGCGUUUCUUUUAUAGCUAUUGAUUUGGCUUUUCGAUUGAGAAAAGAAGGGGUUGGUUGGACCUUCACGGUCACCAAAUUUCAUCCGUGUAUCUGUUGGUGCUGGUUGACCUCGUCUGAAGCAACCGAUCGGCACCUUCAGCGCUUGUACAAACGAGAAAAUAGUUGUGGGCAUUGCUUAUUUCUCCUUGUUGAACCACCAGUUGAAGGUUAGCGGGGUAACCAUGAAGUUUCUGGCGGAUCUCUGAUUUGGGCAUGCCGGAGAGAGGGACUAAAAUGGUUAAAAAUUCGGCAAACGAGGAGUCUGCUCCCAGAAGAUGUCGUGUGCGCAUCACCAAGUUUGUGGUUCUCAUCUCCUUCAUCUUCAAUCUGUUUUCGCCGUUGUUAGGCCUUAGGCCUCUCAGGGAGAUGGAUGGUUCCCAUCGUGGACAGGCAAGCUCUCGUCUGAUUCAGAACAUCAUCGGAAGUGAUGAUACAGAGCUGGGUCCUUAUUCUGCUUGGAACAUAACUGGAACAUACAAAGGUACAUGGGGAUUUGUGCAAUCUAACAAAAGUUCUAGUAGGUUUGCAGAUUUUCAGAGGCCCCAUGGUUUUUUUCUCUUUGAGUUAGUGAGUUCUUUGACAAAGAUCACUGGUGUGCAUUAUAUUCAUGGCUACCUUAUGAUCCAGGAUGUAUCAGAUAAUGAGCAUGAUCUUGGUAAUAUUCAACUAAAAGUCGAAGGUGUGUACAUAUGGCCCUUUAGGCAACUGCGCCUUAUAGCUAAUAGUGGGACAGAGGAGAUGAGUCAAGAAGACGACCUUUUUCCUUCCAGUCCAUAUCAUCUUCUUGGUGCUUUUUCAUCUCAGCUUUUGCAAUCAACUCCACAUUACUAUAUGAGGCGAGCCAAAGAUUCCGUUGUUGAUGAUAUCUCAAAGCAUUGUAAUUUGCAAAUUGCUGCACAAAUAUCACGAAUCUCAACCAGCCAGAAUGAUGGAGUUCAUGUGGACUACCAUAUGGAAGGCUUGGUAGAUAGUCCUUCGGUGGAUGAUGAUGGAGAAUGUCUUUCACCAAUUAUACUAAAUGCUACCUCAAUCAACACAGAUGUCUAUUACAAUAAAGCUGUUAACUAUACAUUGAUGGUCACCUUUGUAUCUUUUCUUCAAGUUCUUUUGUUGAUUCGUCAAAUGGAGCACAGUAGUACUCAAUCUGGUGCAGCCAAAGUCUCACUUUUAAUGAUAGGGCAACAAGCUAUUAUGGAUGCAUACCUAUGUCUGCUACAUUUAACUGCAGGCAUCCUUGUUGAAUCACUUUUCAAUGCAUUUGCCACAGCAGCCUUUUUCAAAUUUGUGGUUUUUGCAAUAUUUGAAAUGAGGUAUCUUCUUGCAAUUUGGAAGGCAAGUAGAUCCAUGAACUCAAAUGAGGGAUGGGAAACAAUGAGACGUGAUCUGUCCACCCUAUAUAGCCGUUUCUAUGGCAUUCUCUUGGGAGGCAUCGUAGUAAUGUAUGAGAUGCAUAAUUUCUUGCGCCCGCUUUUGUUAGUUUUAUAUUCAUUUUGGAUUCCUCAAAUAGUGACUAAUGUCAUAAAGGAUACUCGGAAACCUCUCCAUCCUUACUACAUAUUGGGGAUCACUGUGACACGUUUGGCCAUUCCAUUAUAUAUUUUUGGUUGCCCAAACAACUUCAUGCGAAUUGAUACUGACUGGAAUUGGUGUUUGUGUCUCAUGAUAUUUGUGGGAGUUCAAGCUAUCAUUCUUCUCCUUCAACACUAUUUGGGAUCUCGAUGGUUCAUUCCUCGUCAGAUUCUACCUGAGAAAUAUAACUAUCACAGGAAGAUUGAGCAAAGCACAAAUCAUGCUAGUGAUUGCGUCAUCUGCAUGACUGCAAUUGAUCUGUCGCAGCAUUCUGAUGACUUCAUGGUGACACCAUGUGAACAUCUUUUCCACUCUGGUUGCUUGCAAAGAUGGAUGGACAUAAAGAUGGAAUGCCCGACUUGCCGGCGUCCCCUGCCUCCUGUUUAGGAACUCCUAUUGGUCUUGUAUACUACAACAUAUUGACAUCACACUUCCAUCAUAAUGCAAAUUGGGUCUGGUGAAUCAUGAUUAUAUUCUUAGUGUUUUUUCCUUUUUUUAUAGUUUGAUUUCAGAUGGUUCUCGUCCAUAUUUAAAAUAAAAUUGUUAUACAUAAUUAAUUUCAGGUUUUCAGUGUAGGAUGCCAAACUGUAAAUUCCCUGUAGAUGAAUUGUCUGGCCAUUAAGUCCAGAGGCAUGAGCCAGAAAUGCUGCAUAGUCAUCAACAAUCUGGAGACUACAUUGCAUAUUUUCCACAUUGUUGUAAUUUAAUUAACAUUUUGCUUGCUGUCAACUCUUUUCGGUGGCUUUUGCAGGCAAUGUUUGCAUUCUUUUGGAUCUGAAUGUCAAAGACUGCUUUGUAUAAUUUCAAUAAUGUUGUAAUCUGAAAAUAUUUCUCUUCCUCCAACAGCUUCGCAGUAGCUGUUCAACAAUGCUCGUGUUGUUUGGGAUCUGAGUAUGACUGUGCGAAAAUUCUGUAUGCAUGAGACUUUAAUUAUACGUAAAGACAAUACAUUCUUCCUUUUC